AUGUUGGGAAAUAAAACAGUUGCAAUUAUUGGUGGUGGACCUUCUGGUCUGGUUAGUUGUAAGUCUGCUUUGGAGUCAAGAUUGAUUCCAACGGUAUUCGAAAAGAAUAGUGAUAUUGGAGGAGUAUGGAGUCUGUCCAAUGGCAAGGUUUGGGAUUCGCUGAAGACCAAUCUAUCUGUGAAUACAAUGAUGUUCUCUGACUAUCCAUGGGAGAGCGAUUGGUAUUAUGGUUCAGGUGACUUCCCAACUCACUUGGAAAUGACCGCCUAUCUCGAGAGAUAUGUAGAACACUUUAAGUUGAAAGGACAUAUCAAAUUUGGUUGUAAUGUUACUUCUGUCCACCAAGAAUCAAAUGGUUUGAAAUGGAUUGUAGAAUAUUCUACCACAUCAACAAUAGCAGAGAAGAAUAGAGAACCUGUAACUCAAAAACAAACAUUCGAUUGUAUUAUUGUUGCUGGUGGAAUGUUUCAAAAACAAAGAUCAAUCGAAUUGGUUGAUAAAGAAAAGUUCACUGGUGAAAUUACAAGCAGUGGUGACUACAGGAAUCAAACAGCGUUUCUUGGCAAAUCAGUAUUGGUGGUAGGGGAUUGCAAUAGUGGCUGUGAGAUAGCAGCUGAGCUAGCAGAGAAUACCGUUAUCAAGGUUACUCAGGUGAUCAAAAAAAUACCUUGGGUGUUGGACAAGUAUUUGACUAAACCUUCAUCCAAUGAAAAUCCUUUGGUAUUUCCUGUGGAGGUGGCAUUCUUUUCUAGGGAGGGUUCUGAUUUUGCAAAAAAAAAUUUCAAAUCUGAACAACAAAGUUUUAUUGAUAUGAAUGAAUGGCUAUCGAAUGUGUGUAGUAAGCAACAAACUCAUAAAUCUCUACACAAACCAAUGCCCUCAGACGUCACCCCAUUUAUUGUCAUCUCCCAAAACUAUACGGAUUGUGUUAUUAAUGAGAAGAUCACGGUAGUUCAACACCCAAUAGCAAAGAUACAAGGUAAAACAGUUGAGUUUGCAAAUGGAGAGUCAAGAGAGAUCGAUCAUAUCUUGUGUGCAAAUGGAUACAGCUAUGAACUACCAUAUUUAAGUGAAGAGAUCCUUAAGGAUUUAGAUUACAAUCCAAACAACAAAAAGAUACCUAUUAUUCUUCAUAAAUCAACAUUUCAUCCAACUCUUCAAAAUAUUGGAUUUGUUGGUUGGUUUUUACCUGCAAUGUUUCCCAUCAUUGAACUACAGGCUCGUUGGCUUUCUUUGGUAUUCUCUGAAAAUUUGGAACCACCCACCAAAGAACAGAUCGUUGAAGGAUUGAAAGAGGAGAGAGCUAUUCUUGCAAGUCCAUUCCAAAAGCAAUAUCCACAUGUGGAAAUGGUGGAUAUGGGUGAUGAAAUCGCAACAAUCAUUGGUGUAAUGCCUGAUCUUGAAAAGAUAAAGUCUGAAGAUCCUCACCUCUACAAAUUAAUUUACAAUAACGCUUUCUCUACUUCAUCAUACAGAUUAACAGGUCCACAUUCAAACCAACAACUUGCUAAAAGUAUUCUAAAUAAUAUCAAUAAUAAAUAUUAUUGUAAAAAUAAAUAA